AUGGCGGAAUUGCAACCAGGUGAUAAUAAUCAGCAACUAAACGGCGGCGUUUUUCCACCGCCGGCUUCAACCUCAGCCGAAGCUCAAGCGAUUACCGCCGCCGGAUCGAAGCGACUAAGGAGACCAAGCGUUCGAUUAGGCGAAAUCGGCGGAGACCAGUACCAGCACCAUCACCACUCGGCGUACGAUUCGCAGGGGCGGAAACCGAAAUGGGCACCGACGGGUAAUAAUAGAAAAGAUUUGAGUAAAUCGUCGAGGACUCGAACCCUAACGAAUUUGAGUUCUGGGUAUGAGAAUAGCGGAACCCUAGAUGAUGAUAGAGAAGGGAAUGUAGAUUCUUUUGGGGUUGGGAGUUGGCGGGUCAAGAAACGGGUCGGGUCAUCGACCGGUGCGAUUACAGCAACAGCAGCGAAGCGAGUCCGAUCGAAUUGGGUAUCGAAAAUUGGGGAAAUGGAGCAUGGGGAUGAGAAAAUUAGCGGAGGGGAAGAAUUGGAUAGGGAUUUCAGUAGAGAAGACUCAGAGAGUCCAAUGAAAGAAGAGUCUUUGGUUAGAGACGGUGGUGGGUUUUACGGUAGAAGAAGAUACGAAAGCAACAAUAGCAGUGGAAACAGAGAUUUGGAGUUAUCAGAACCGUCGAAUAUGGACGGAGUUGGUGGUGGAGGAGGGAGAGAAGGGGUUAAGAUAUGGUUGCAAGAGUUAGGGUUAGGGAGAUAUUGGCCAAUGUUUGAGAUACAUGAGGUUGAUGAAGAGGUUUUGCCAUUGUUGACAUUGGAAGAUUUGAAAGAUAUGGGGAUAAAUGCUGUUGGGUCGAGGAGGAAGAUGUUCUGUGCAAUCCAGAAGCUUGGUAGGGAGUUCUCAUGA